AUGACGCUGCCUACUGUGCUCAAUGAUCAAGGCAUAGUCAACAGCCUUACCGAAAAUAAUAAGAAAAGGAUGUGGAUUAGCAGAAGGAUAGGGGAGGACGAACUGUACUUAGUGCACGUUCAGCGUACUGCUGGCAUUGGUCUCCCGACUACACUGAUUGUUAAGAAGUUUCAGAAUGUGAACCCAACACUACUAAUAGAUGACAAUGUCAAGAACCGGUGUAAGUUGGAGAUGAACCUGUUAGCCAGCAUCUGUCACGACAACAUCAUCAGCGUCCUGGGUGUCAUCGAGAGGGAUGAAGCGAUCAUGCUUGCCUAUAAGUACGAGAUGAAUAGCAGCCUUGAGUACUGGCUCCACCAGCGGGAGGAGGGCGACCUGCCGCUGACCUGGCCCGAGAGGAUGGCCAUCACCAUUGGCGUUGCCAAAGGGCUGUGCCACUUGCUCCACGGAUGCAACACACCAGUUGUCCACCACAACAUCAACUCUAACAACAUCUUGCUUGAUCAGGAUUUCAAGGCUGUGAUCGCCAGUUUUGGUGCUGCACAAAUGAGCAUGGCUGAGCUCAACCAACCGUUGCCGAUCGCAGAGAUUCCCGUUGGUAACUUUGGGUACGCAGCUCCAGGUGAGGAAAGCGGGCAUGCUCGAUGGAGUGACCACCUUGUUGUCGGGGAAGUUGAAGUGAAGGAUGGCCUUGUCCUCGACGGCAACGACAUCCAGACCAUCUCAGUCUGUAGCACUUAUCAACCAGACUGCACUGGACGACCAAAGCGGUCAGCACAACAUAUACUGAACCAAAGCAUCUACAUAGGCCGGCCAACCUGUGAUCCUGCUGCAGAGUCGGUCCAUGAGGACACCUACGACCAGCAGGAGUUCCCCUGA